AUGCAGGCCCGUAUUGAGGCCGACUUCAAGCCAGUAGACCUCGCAGUGGGAGGACCAGGACAUGCCUUUGCAUUCUGUCAACCACACAAAGUCGAAAAGUGCGACGUGUGCAAAUUGGACUUCACAGCUCUCAAUCGGAUAUCCAAGAUAUUCAUCACCAAUCCUAACCUGCGCUGUCCCCCCCCACCAACGGUAUUGCAGCAGAAGCUCUCUCAAGCAGUCACCAACACCAAGGAGGAGGGAAAUACGCUCUAUAAACACAAUAAACACAGAGAAGCUCUUGCGAAGUACAAUAUGGCCGCUAACAUUGCCGUUCAGAGGCCACCAUGGGAAAGCUCGGCCUUGUUCCGCGAAGAACUUUCUACCGUCAUCUCAAAUAGAUCUGCGGCACUCUUCGAGCUUGGAGACUACUUGGGUGCUCUUGUAGAUGCAGAAACCGUCGUUUCGAUCCGGAGAAACUGGCCAAAGGGCCAUUUCCGAAAGGCCAAAGCACUCGUCGGCCUCAGAAGACUGCCAGAGGCCGAACAGUCGGUAUCACUCGGCCUCCAGUUCGAACCAAACAACACUGUCAGUCCUUGUUGCCUCUGGAAUGUGUAGUCUGCUCAUUUUAUUUAAUUGAAGGAAUUGAAUAGCUACAAGGAGGAACUUCAAAAACUCAUGCAAGUACAGAAGGGGAACAACAGCCUCCCAACUCCUGCCGUUUCUGCUUCAACUUAGAUGGGGAGCUGAAAAGGCUGGCAUUAUAUCCUAAUCCCUCAUCUCACAGCUAGUCCAGACCAGGACCUCGCGUUGUGAUCCUUUAGUUUUGCAAUAACACUCCAGGCGUUGAAGGGUUUAACUUCGCUGAGGAACGAGAAUUGGAAAGCAAAGCCAGUGCUAUUCUGGUAGUGACAUCUUCAAUCCGAACAUAACGUGGAUUUGAUGACAAUGCUGACGAGAAGCACGACGACCUUCAAUGUUAGUAUGUUGUAGUCGAUUGUUGAUUCAGUUCGUCAUCCAUC